AUGUCUUCCCUAGCAGACGAACUUGCAGCUGAUCUCGACUUUUCAGACGAGCAAUCCGUUCACAGCGAUGACGACCGCCAAAAUGAACAAAGUCAAGACCAAGACGCUAUGGAUAUAAAUGAAGAUGGUGAAGCAACAAAAGACACCGAUCGAUCAACCAACGAUGCUUCACCUUCCACUGGUCACCAAGACAAUGUCCACAAGGUCACCAAAUUCCUUCAAAGCAAGCAAACAAAAGACAUUCUGGAGCGUAUCGAACACUUUAAAUCACGUGAUCGCACGGCGGCGGAUCUCAACAACGCACCUACUGAAGAAGACGAGGAAUACCAAUUGAUUGUCAACGCUAACAGUAUGACAGCUGAUAUCGAUGGAGAGAUCCAAGCGGUUCACAAGUUUAUUCGAGAUCACUAUGCACCACGAUUCCCUGAAUUGGAGUCUCUUAUUUUGAACCCCAUGGAUUAUGCUCGCACAGUCAAGGCAAUCGGCAAUGAAAAAGAUCUCACCAAGGUUGAUUUACGUUCCAUCUUGCCAUCAGCAACAGUGAUGGUUGUUACGGUGACAGCGACUACCAGCAAUGGAAAGGAAUUAUCACCUGAAGAAUGGAAAGUGACCGAGGAAGCCUGUGAUGUGGCAUUCGAAUUGGAUAAUGCAAAGAGAACGAUCAUCAACUAUGUCGAAUCUCGAAUGACAAUGAUUGCUCCCAACCUUUCCAAUGUCGUCGGUAGUUCAACUGCUGCCAAAUUACUCACAGCUGCUGGUGGUUUAUCAGCAUUUUGCAAGAUUCCCGCAUGCAAUAUCGAGGUCUUGGGAAAUACCAAAAAGACGAAUACUGGAUUCUCGAGAGCAAGCAUGGAGCGAAACACGGGUUACAUUAUAUCAUCACCUCUUGUCUUAUCGGUGCCGGCUGAUUUGAGACGCAAGGUUACCAAAAUCAUCGCUGCAAAAUGUGCUCUUUCAGCAAGAAUUGAUGCUUCUCAGUCAUCUCCCAGUGGUGAAGCUGGUCAAAAGUUCCGCAACGACAUUGAUCAAAAGAUCGAGAAGCUACAAGAGCCUCCACCGACCAAAGUGAUUAAGGCUUUGCCAGUACCUGAUGAAGGACCAAAGAAACGACGUGGUGGUAAACGUGUACGACGACAAAAGGAAGCCUAUGCUAUGACUGAACUUCGUGCUGCUCGUAAUCGUAUGGCGUUUGGAGAAGCAGAGGAAGAGGUGGAAUAUGGUGAUGAGACUGAAGGUCUCGGUAUGACCACCAAGCAAGUGGGCAAGAUUCGUGCUUCGAUUGCUGAUCCUCGCAACAAGGUCAAGGCACCCAAGCAGCAGCAACGAUCUCUCAAUACAGCUGGCACUACCUCUGGCUUGGCCUCUUCACUUGCAUUUACCCCUGUACAAGGCAUUGAACUUGUUGAUCCCACAGCAGCAGCCGAACGUGUCAAAAAGGCGAACGAAAAGUACUUUGGUGAUGGUGCAUUUUCAAUUGUCAGGAAAUAG